AUCAAUCAAAAGGAAGAACAGGAGUCGUUAGUAGUUCGGUUCUUCUUCCUAUAAAACCAAAGAGGAGCAGGUUUUUCGAGAUCCGGUCAAAAUCUAAAGAAGGAUCCGUUUUGAUCAGAUCAUCGAAGAGAAAGGAAGAUGAGCGAGGUAUUUGAAGGGUACGAGCGACAGUACUGCGAGCUCUCAACCAAUCUCUCCAGAAAAUGUCAUUCUGCCUCGCUUCUCUCCCACGGAGAAGAGAAGAAGGAGAAGCUUGUUGAGAUUAAGUCUGGAAUGGACGAAGCUGAUGUCUUGAUCCGGAAAAUGGAUCUUGAGGCAAGAAGUUUGCAGCCGAGUGCUAAAGCUGUGUGUCUUUCUAAACUAAGAGAGUAUAAAUCUGAUCUGAACCAACUGAAGAAGGAGUUCAAACGAGUGUCUUCCCCAGAUGCUAACCAAUCUACACGUCAAGAACUUAUGGAAUCUGGAAUGGCUGAUGUGCAUGCGGUAUCAGCUGAUCAGAGUGGGAGAUUGGCAAUGUCAAUGGAGAGGCUUGACCAAUCAAGCGACAGAAUCAGGGAGAGUAGAAGACUAAUGCUGGAGACAGAAGAGGUUGGCAUCUCAGUUGUUGAGAAUCUCAGUCAGCAACGCCAAACCCUCCUUCACGCUCACUCUAAGCUUCAGGGUGUGGAUGAUGCCAUUGACAAGAGCAAGAAAGUGUUGACUGCUAUGUCUAGAAGAAUGACGAGGAACAAAUGGAUCGUUGGUUCGGUCAUCGUGGCUCUCAUUCUCGCCAUCAUUUUGAUCAUCUCAUACAAGCUUUCUCAUUGAUUUACUCAAGUAUUCAUCAUGAUUAUUGUGUAUAUAAGGAUGGUUGAUUCAUUUGUAAUGUGCCCAAAUAUUUGUUAUAUACUUCCAAACAUUUAUUAUAUAUACUUCAAAGGUA